AUGGCUGGGUCAAGUGGUGGUGAAUUGAGAGCACCAAUUUUCGAUGGUGAGAACUACGAUUUCUGGAGCAUAAGGAUGAAGACCAUCUUCAAAUCUCAUGGACUGUGGGAUUUGGUGAUAAAAGGAUUUGAUGGUACGGAUCUGAAGAAGUCAGAUGAAUCUGAUGAUAAGAAAAAGGAGACAGAAGAAUCAAGUGGGAAAGGCAUGGUUGCUGAGGUACUCAUGAAGGAUGCUAAGGCUCUUGGAUUGAUUCAAGGAGCAGUUUCAGAAGAGAUAUUCCCACGAAUCUCUCAUGAAGAAACAUCAAAAGGUGCCUGGAGUAUUCUGCAGCAAGAAUUCCAUGGAGAUAAGCAGGUAAGGAGUGUUAAAUUGCAAGGUCUUAGAAGAGAAUUUGAAUAUACAAGAAUGAAGGAUGAUGAAUCCUUAACUGCCUAUGUUACUAAACUAUUUGAUUUGAUAAAUCAAAUGAGAAGUUAUGGGGAGGAAUUGCCUGGGGAGAGAAUUGUUCAAAAACUGCUUAUUAGUCUGCCAUCUACCUAUGACUCUAUCUGUUCAGUUAUUGAACACUCUAGAGAUCUGAAUGAGAUUGAGGUGCAGGAGGUUGUAGCCUCACUAAAGAGCUUUGAGUUGCAUUUAGAUAGGCAUUCUGAAAACAGAACAGAGAAGGCAUUUGCUAGCCUUAGUGUAGAUGCCAAACAGACUAAAACUGGAGAACAGAACAGCAAGCAGAAUAAGAAUUGGAAAUCCAAAGGCAAGAAGUGGGAUAACAAGGCAAGUGAAGGUACUAAAACUCCCUGCAAGCACUGUGGUAAGCUACAUUUUGGUGAAUGUCGAUUCAAGGGCAAGCCAAAGUGUUAUAACUAUGAUAAGCUUGGCCACAUUGCAAAAGACUGCUACCGCAAGAAAACACCAUAG